ACUAUGUCAGUGGGAGCAUGGCAAGAGUCAUUUGUCAUUUGAAAGCAUGAAAAAGAGUCGGCAGAAGCUUAGAAAGCUUAUACAAAAAUUUACUGUAAGUUUCAGGCUAUCUAUUUGAUUAUGCAAAAGCAAAUUUGAACACCAGAAACUUUUUUUCUUUUUUCGUUUUUCACUAAUCCUUCUUACUGGUGUUAAUUUCAUUCAUCAAUUAUUGCCACUUAAAAAAAUAAACAAGUUAGUGUAUUACAACAUUCAUAAUUGCUACACAUUCUUUAUCGGCUGCUUUAUAGGGCUUUUUGAUUUCCCCAGUUUUAGAAUCACGUACCUCCCAGAAAUAGUUGAACAUUGUGAUCAACUUAAUUAUACUGGUUGGUUGGAUUAAAUGUUCUUGCUGAUCACAGAUGGACCUUUGUGAUAUACUGGAUGUCUUGCAAGAACUCAUGUCUAUUUUCCUUAACCAAGAAGGUGCACAAAGAGGAGCAAAAGCACGAUCUUUUCAUAAUCAUAAGCCCACUUAUGAUGUUACGAGCAAGGGUUUGGUUGAUGGUUCUUUUGAUUUGACAUUGUUCAAUGAAAACAGGUUCAUGUGGUUUGACAACAUUGGUGGGGGAUUAGAUAGUGCUUUUCAGAACUUGUUGCCUAAGAAAACAUCAGUAUUGGAUAUUAUUCCUUUACAUGGGAAAGAAAUUAAAAGCAUAUUUAGGCCAUGUCGUGAUUCCCAGCGUACACUUUGCCUGAAAGGAUGGAGACUUUACUGCCAUUUGUGUCAUUGUGUACAGUCAUUAUUUCUUUUGUAUUAACAAUUACAUUUUGUUGGUAUAAGGUAAGUUCUUCUAUAUCAUUGUCUCUAUGCGUGUAUGGCAAUUAUAAACUGUUUAAUUGCCAAUAAAACUUUAGUGCCAUUUGUGUCAUUGUGUAUAGUCAUUACUCCUUUUGUAUUAACAAUUCCAUUCAUAGAUGUAUAUUUAUUGGAAAAGUUUCUAUUUGUUGCCCAAUGUUUUCAGCAUAAUGUGGUCAUAAACCUGCUUUCCUAGACCUGGUUUCCUAAACCUCCUGUGCCCUUAGUUGACUUUGAAUUAAAACUUGUAAUAACUCAUUUUGUCUACAAUGCUUCUGGCUUACCUUUUUACCAUAGCAUAAACAGUUUUGUUGUAAAGGGUAUUCACUCUUUUGAGCUAGUUUUCAUUCCAAUUUGUCUAUUUUAUGUUGUUGACCUUUGUUUUAUUUUGUGAACAGUCUAGAACAGUCCAAUGCAAGGAAGGGGAAGGGUUAUAUCAUAUAUUUUAUCAGCUAUGUGCUGGAGCACCCUAAUCUAUUAGCGAUAAGUGAAUUACUUUUGCUUUUGUAUCUGCUAAUAUGGGUUAUUGUUGCAAUUCUUAUUUGAGGGUGGUCUUGAAGAAUGUGGAAUUUCUCUCUAAAUAGUAGCUUUGAUGUUUUAUUUAUAACUUAGAAAUGCUAAAUCUAAUAUGUGCAAAAGAACAUAAAUAUAUGAGGCAGAGCAAUUGUUAGGCCUCUACUUGUAUAUAGUAGGAGAAAAGGAGUUACACAACCUUACUGCCAAGGCAGUUAGGAGGGUCGGUUGAGGGGAUCAUGUAUAAAAAGGGGGAAUAGUUGUUAUUGGGGGUAGUUAGUGAAUUCAUUUGUUUUGUCAGGAACUUGUUGGUGCUGAUCAGGGGAGGUUAAGCUCUCUACAUUCUGUAUCCAUUAAUUGCUAGUGAAUUACAGAGGCUAUUCAGUAUUCUUGAGGGUUGUGCGUGAGUUUUGAAGUGUGUUUUUCAUAGGUUCUUGAUUAAGAACCUAUCAGCAAUUGUUAUUCAAUUAGUGGCAUGUUUGUGUUUUAUUUAUUUAUUUUAAAAUUUUGCAUAAAGCAUGUAUCCUCGUUUUAACUCUUUAAAUUUACCUCUUUUUCUAGUCUUACAAGUUUAUUUUAUUGCAUUUUAGCUUCUUAUUAUCUAGAAAUAGGAUAGUUUAUAGAUUUUUCUUUAAUUUUAGAUUUUUGUAAAAAUAGUAUUAAUUUUGUGUUUUUUAUAUAAAAAUAGUAUUAAUUCUAUAGAAAUUUUUGUUGUGCAUCAUACAAACACACCUACUGUUGGGUGUUCUGAUUUUCAUGCAUUAAUUUCUGAUGAUUUGAUUGAUGAUUUGUUGGGUGAAUCUGAUUUCACUUUUGAAAGUUCUGUAUUAUUUAAUGAUUUACUCAUGCAUGCUGCUUUAGAGUUUUAGUGUAUUAAAUUUCUAGGAAUUCUCUGGGAUUACGAACCUUUGGUGAUGGCUGUUGUGAGAAAGAGCAAUGGACGUGAUGAUAAGUUUCAGCCAGUGGGUGUCUAGUUUUUCUGGGUGAAUAUCAAAGAUUUGGAUGUGAGGAGCAUUUUGGAGGAAGCGAGAACCAGAUGGUUUCGUCCCAAUGAAGUUCAUGCCAUGCUGUGUAAUUACAAGUAUUUUCCCAUUAAUGUCAAGCCAGUGAAUUUGCCAAAAAGCGGUACUAUUGUCUUAUUUGAUCGCAAGAUGCUUAGGAACUUUCGAAAAGAUGGACACAACUGGAAAAAGAAAAAAGGACGGGAAAACUGUUAAAGAAGCUCACGAGCACUUAAAAGUUGGUAAUGAAGAAAGGAUACAUGUAUAUUAUGCACAUGGUCAGGAUAACUCAAAUUUUGUGCGAAGAUGUUAUUGGCUGCUUGAUAACAAGUUACAGAAGAUGCAGAUAGUUGUCAUGAUAAUUUUGGACCUCACGAGUGUAAUGGCAAUUUUGGGUAUCCAACUCAAUGCAGUGUCUAUUGUAAACCUUAUUAUGGCAAUAGGGAUUGUUGUGGAAUUUUGUGUGCACAUAGUCCAUGCCUUCACGGUAAGCUUGGGAGAUAGGAACCAACGAGCAAAGACAGCAUUGUGUACCAUGGGGGCUUCUGUAUUCAGGUGUAUUACUUCCAGAUGUACUUGGCCUUGGUUAUCAUUGGCCACUGUGAGUAUCUUGCGCAGUUUGGAAUCCAAGCACACAAAUCAGCUAUGCUCCAUUAGCCACUGUGAUUCAAAUUCACUUUUAAAUGAGGCUUCACUUUUGAAACGAGUAAUGAUGUCAAAAGGUUUAUUCCAGUGGAAAUAAGAAACAAGAUAUGGGUUUAUGGACACAAUUUUGAGGCCUUCUUGAAACUGGAGAAGGAGGUUGGGGAUUUGAGAAGAAACUUGUUUCCAACGACGUUCUCGUUCUUUGUUGGCAGCACCUUUGAGGGCGCGCUACAGGA